ACCCUUAGCUUACAUCAUUAGCUGCUGUUCAUCUUCCUUAUAUAGCCCUGUCCUGGGGCUUAAGUUUAUCUGAAAAUCCACAAGACUGGACAGAUCUCAGAGGAGCCCAACCAGCUAAACAAAACAGUGCAGAACUGCUGCCUAAUUCACAGCAACCAUGAGUAAUGAUGCUGAUGAGGAUCAUAUCAGGGAUAAGCUGGAACAGUUGAGAUGUCACUUUACAUGGGAGUUGGUCAUUAAAGACACUGAAAUACCUGAUUUAGAAAACAGGGUCUUGGAGGACAUUAAGUUCCUAGACAUCAAAUACAAAGCAGGAAUAUACAACUUACUGGCCUAUGUGAAACACUUGAAAGGCCAGAAUGAGGAAGCUCUGAAGAGUUUGAAAGAAGCUGAGGACUUAGCCCAGCAAGAACAUGCCAACCAAUCAGAUGUGAGAAGUCUGGUUACCUGGGGCAACUAUGCCUGGCUGCAUUACCAUAUGGGCCAACAGGCAGAAGCCCAGAUUUACCUGAAUGAAGUGAAGAACACUUGCAGGAAGCUUGGAAAUUCCUCCAGCUACAGAAUAGAGUGUCCUCAGAUAGACUGUGAGGAAGGAUGGGCCUUGCUGAAAUGUGGAGGAAAGAAUUAUGAACGGGCCAAGGUCUGCUUUGAAAAGGCUCUGGAAGUGUACCCUGAAGACCCUGAAUUCAGCACUGGGUAUGCAAUCGCCGUCUAUCGCCUGGAGGGCUUUAGCAAAGCAACACAGAGUUCUGAGGCAUUUUGUCUGAACACCCUGAAAAAGGCUGUCAGGCUAAAUCCAGAAGAUGCAUAUAUUAAGGCCCUCCUUGCCCUGAAGCUUCAAGAUUUAGAACAAGAAGCUAAAGGAGAAAAGUACCUUCAAGAAGCACUGAGCAACGGGUCCUCAAAGACCUACGUCUUUCGAUAUGCUGCCAAGUUUUACCGAAGAAAAGGCUCUCUGGAUGAAGCUCUUCGGUUCUUAAAAUUGGCCUUGAAGGCAACACCCUUCUCUGCCUUCCUGCAUCACCAGAUGGGGCUUUGCUACAAGUCACAAAUGAUCCAAAUGAAGAUAGCUACAAACUGGCAGCCUAAAGGACAGGAUAAAGAAAACAUCAACAGAAUAUUACAAUUAGUCAUACAUUGCUUUGAAUUUGCUGUGCAACAAAAGCCCACAUUUGAGUUUGCUUAUAUAGACCUGGCAGAAAUGUACACAGAAGCAGGUGACCACAGAAAAGCUGAAGAUGCUUAUCACAAACUCUUAUGCAUGGAAUCAGUAGACAAAGAUAUUCUGCAACAGGCCCAUUUCCACUACGGCCGAUUUCUGGAAUUCCAAAAAAAAUCUGAAGUUGAUGCAAUUAGCCAUUAUUUAAAAGCAAUAAAAAUUGAAAGUGAAUCAAUAGGAAGGGAUAAAAGUAUCAGUUCUUUGGAGAAACUGGUUUCAAAGAAACUUCGGAGAAAUGAAUCAGAUAUAGAAAGCCUGAGCAUCCUUGGGUUCAUCUACAAAUUAAAAGGAGAAAUAAAUGAAGCCCUGGAGUAUUACGAGCGGGCCCUGAGGCUGGCUCCUGACUUGGAGAACUCUGUGCCUGUGACCCCUAGGCAGUGAAAUAUGGACCACUCUCUCAUAUCAUUUGAUUUUAGGUCAACGUACACUAAUCAUCUAUUCUGCUUGCUGCUUUCAGAAACAUAUUAUGCAAUUCAUUGCAAUGAUGUAAUCUUUGAACAACUACUCAAACCUGAUAAAACAUUAGUUGUAUUCAGAAAACAGUGAAACAGAAAAUGCAUGUCUCUGCGUGUGAGAGAGAGAGGAAGAGAGAGAAGAACCAUUUCUCUAUGAAUGCUAUACAGUAGAAAAUAAAGUUUGUUGAGUAGAUUU